AUGGUCUCCCAGGACUGGCAGGCUCUCAUCGACGAAAAGAGAGCCCAGCGCGAAGCAUCGAUUCCGUCCAAAUGGAGGAUCCCCGGGCACGUGGCCGACAAAGUCUCUCCCACUGCGUCCGUCAGUGCUUUUGAGCUCCUGGAGGAGACGGACAUUCUUUCCAAGGAGGAGCGUGAGAUCACCGAACGUGAAAACCUUAGUUGUGCCUUGGACCAUUUUGAAGGCAAGAUCCAUUUCUAA